AUGUCACUAACACGCGCCAGCGGCGCCACGGUGGCGCUCUCUGACGGCGGCGAGAACGCGCUCGAGGGGCUGCGAUCGGCGCUGCGCGAGCUGCAUCGCGCACUCUACUUCCCCGCGCGUCUCCCGUGCCCCGUCGACCUGGAGGCAGUCUUCUCGAUCCAGGGCGUCAUUCGCGACAGUCUGCACGAUUGCCGAGAACAGUUGGUGGUAAGCGCGAAAAACAAUCUGAUGAUGACGUCUUUCCAGCAGAAAUAUCCGGGACUUCUUCACUUCUUAUACGUUGAUAGACUGUCUCAUCAGCUGACCGCUCCCAGCUUGCAUGGAAGUAAAAGCGAUGCACAUCUAAAAGACAAGGUGUGGGCUGCAAUGAAGCAAGCACACAAGUAUCUGAAGCGAGGGUGUUCAUCCAGCAGAUGGAGGAUGCAUGACAUAUACUACUCGUACUUCCUCUGGUUUGAGGACGGCAGCGGGAAUCCUCUGCCAGCAAACUUGGCGAACUGCAGUGCCCUGCGCCACUCAGAACCCGGCAUGUUGGGUUCUGAUAUUUACAGGCUCAUGAGGCGAGAGCUGUUUGAGAGCGUGAUGUUGCUGCUACGAGCUGCUGUGUCUGCACCACACCUCGCUUCCACUCACUAGGAUCCUGCAGCAGUGUCAGCAGCUGGCUGCUGAACUGUGGGCUGAGUCUCACAGCGGUGCGAUCAGCAUGGUGCUGAAUGUUCUGCGGUAAACACACACGACCUUACAGAGGCACUUACAAACACACACGACCUUACAUAG